AUGUCAGACCGUCUCAUCACCCAAGCCAACUCGAGGCUUACAAAAGCCAAUCUAGUCACCUUACUCACGAGAGAGGAAGCCUGGUCCUCACUGAGCCUGGAAACAAGACGCGAGCUAUACAACAUGCUCCCCUUGGGCAACAACUCUGCUCCUGAUCCAGACGUCCACCCUCUCAAGACUAGCUACGCGAAGUACAUCAAACACUUCAUCUACGAGUGGGAGCAGGACCUCGCUGCCGGUCGCAACACUGCAAAGUGGCAGAGAGAGGCCAAGCAAGCUACCGGCGAACGCAUGUCAGGGGCUUAUGACGAGUGGAAGGAGAAGGAGCGCGAGGAGCACUGGGGUCAGAAGUAUGAUCCCGAGCAUUUCAAGGGCUUCAAGCAAUGA